CUAGAGCGUCGGAAGAUGUGGCAGGUUGAACGAAUGCAUUUGUUGGUACAAAACAACAAUGCGAAGCAAGGCCCACACGAGUAGCAAUCAAGAUGCAAAGUCUCCUACCCCGCUUACUUAUCCAAUAGCGGUCCACACCGCGGGGGGCCUUCAAGAACAGACAAGCCUUGAGAUCACCGUCACAGUCACCUUUGACACACCGGCGGCCCGACGUUCCGUCAAGCAGACGCAAACAACCCUUUCCUCCGUACGGUCACUACUAAAUAGUGCAGACGGUAUUGCUGGGCAAGGAUGGUGACAGCUGACAAUCUUAAUCUCGAUAUCCUUGAGCUUAUCUUUGCGCAUCUCUCUGGCAAUGAUUUGCCUUCGGUGGCCUUGGUCAGCAAUUCCUUUUACGAUGGAGUUUUGCCUAGACUAUACAGAACGUUGUGGUAUUCAAUUCGACACGGGAAAAAAUAUCCCAAGACGAUGUCCCCGUUUGCGUCUAUCCUGAGAGCUAAACAUUUAGCCAAGUAUGUUCAGCACGUCGAUAUAUCCUUCGUGCCCACUAUCAAAUCUACUGGCCGCAAGUCUCAAUUUGACCCUCGAUUUCUCCACGACUGCAAGAUGGCCUUGGAUCUGUGCCAUAAUCUGCUUUCAUUUAGAUGCAGCGAGCAUGUCCUCCCAUCUCUUUUAUUAGGCGACGAAAUAAGGCCAUUACUUCGCAACGUCCGUAUCUUUGCAGCCGAAAUCACGCCGGAGCCCGCACAGCAUCUGAUACAGAUGGAGCAUUUGGAGUCACUUUGUCUCGAUAAUGGAUCAUGGGCUGUCAUGGACCUCCUUCCAAAGUGGUCGGCGUUGCUAGGGAAGACGCUAACCACCCUCACAUUAUUUAAUUCUCCCGAACUCAACGAAACCGUCCUUGAACCUGCACUGAGAAAUCUGCCCCGUCUCUUACACCUACACGUAAUAGGUUGCCAGCGAAUUGAUCAUGUAGUUCUAUUACGGCUUGUAGUCCACACGCCUCUGCUUCAAAGUCUCUCGCUCACUACCUUCGAAACCUCUCGUCAGCUGGAAAAAAUUCCCCCCUCAUUGCAUCAUCUCCGCCAUCUUUCAAUCGAUACCCGUUAUUCAAUGGUGUCAUCUCCAGUGCCUAGCAUGCUAGCGGACAUUCUCGCGCAUCUGAAGCACUCUACUCCACCUCUGACCUCUUUCCAGAUCCGGAUUCCUGAACCUCAAGUUGUCGUAGGAAGCGGUUUCAUUGACCAACUUUUAACUUCGCACGCUCUUACCCUUCGAAGGCUAGCUUUCCUUGGAUGCGGAAUGAAGCUUGAAUCCCUCACAGCUGUUUGCAAGUCCUGUGUAAACCUAGAGACAUUGUAUGUCUGCAUCCCCAAUUUCAAAGACCCACUUAUUCAUGCCAGGUUCAUGGAUGCCAUCGGUCGCUCAUCUACGCUCCGCAUGCUGGUUGACGCGGACGACCACACCGCCCACGGCGCGCAUUUCGUUUUGCGGCCAUCCGAUGUUGAAAAGAUGAUGCUAACUGUGCGCAAUUUGACUAAAGUUGUUUGCGAUAAAAAGCAAUGGACGGGAUGUAGAGAUCCCUCUGGAAAAUUGCACAUAUCGAUGGAUCGUAUCAUUGCACAUAUCAGGCCAAGGCCUCACUGGUUUAUGUGUACAGAUCUUGAAUAAACGAGGACUUCCAUUCUUCUUCCGAGGGUCUAUCUCAACCAACCUACAUCAAUAGUUUCUAAAUUAGUCGAACUAUUGGCGCUUACUUUAUCUCCAAGCCCCUUAUAACAGUCAGUGAGCCUAC